AUGACGGGAGGGAGCCAGUGGCACUCAGCACUGAGGCAAAGGGACAACAAGGCUUUCCGCAUGGCGGGGAAUUGUCCUACCAGUGGCUCCCAUCUUGGAAGAUGCAGGGCCUUGGGCCUCUGUUUUCUGGAACCCAGCCCUGCUCCUGCAAGGCUGGGGCCUUUGGGUGUCUGGUGGGAUUUUUUAAUUUGUGUUUUUGCUCUGUUUCCCGAAUGUCAAAUAAAGGACAGGAUCCAUGUUUCUGGCUCAGAUGAGUUACCUGGAGCCCAAGGCAGGCCCCCACUCCCAGCCCCCCACUGA